GCUGGGGUCGUCGGGGUCGGACUCGCAUGCCACCUCCAGUGCGAUUUCCAUUUUCGCCUGCUUCAGCUUCAAAUCAGACACCUAAAACCCCCUCUGCAUCUAAUAGCUUCCAAUCACAAUACUUUCGGUUCUCUCCCACCGAGAUCUAAUGGCUGCCCCUAAUGAGCCGACGGUUUUGGACAAGGAACAGAUUUUUGGUAUGGCCGAGAAGGAGAUGGAAUACAGGGUUGAGUUGUUCAACAAGCUUACCCACACAUGUUUCAACAAGUGCGUCGAGAAGAAGUACAAGGAGUCUGAGCUAAAUAUGGGUGAAAACAGUUGCAUUGAUCGGUGCGUGUCAAAAUACUGGCAUGUAAGUAUCUAUCUGUUUCAUAUGAUUUUAGUGCUAGUGUAUUGGAUUACGUUAUAAGAACAAUCCCAGUCAUCCUUCAAAUAUUUUUAUUUCUUCA